GGACGAGCUUCCUCUCGCCGAGCCGCCGCCGGGACAUGUUGGUGUUGUUGGAGAAUAAAAGAGUCAAACUUUAACCUGCAUCCUCGGAGACAGGCAGCUUUCGGAGCGUGUGAACCAGUCCGGGAACACGACGGUAGAACCGGGCGGAGCGACUCGUUAAACUCAGUUCACUGAAGAAAUUGGUUUUCCAGCUUGCCUCUGAACACACUGCCAUGGCCAAGGUUCAAGUGUUAAAUGUCGCCGUUCUGGACAACCCGAGCCCAUUUGGAAAUCCGUUUCAGUUUGAAAUAACGUUUGAAUGCAUGGAGGACUUGCCAGAAGAUCUGGAAUGGAAGAUCAUCUAUGUGGGUUCAGCUGAGAGCGAGGAAUACGACCAAGUUCUGGACUCUGUUUUGGUUGGCCCGGUACCAGCUGGCAGGCACAUGUUUGUGUUCCAGGCUGACGCUCCUAACACGGGGCUGAUUCCAGAGAGCGACGCUGUAGGAGUGACUGUCGUCCUCAUAACCUGCACCUACCGUGGACAGGAGUUCAUCCGCAUCGGUUACUACGUCAACAAUGAGUACACAGACCCUGAAUUGCGGGAAAACCCACCUCUCAAACCAGACUACACUCAGCUCCAGAGGAAUAUUUUGGCCUCUAACCCCCGUGUCACUCGAUUCCAUAUCAACUGGGAGGGCUCAGCGGACAAGAUGGAAGACAGCGAGAACGUCGACCCGUCCCCCAACAUCAGCGGCAUGCUCCCUCCGUCCUGUAUACCGGGAAAGAUGCCGCCUCUUGGACUGAUGCCGGACAACUCCAUGGACUGCAUGUAAGAGUCACCAGAUUAAUAUAAAGGACCAGAAGCUCUUCUUAUCUCUAUUCACCUAUAUAGCAAACACACAUUUGGACAAGGAAGAAGUGGAUGUAUAUAAAACAUGAGGACAUUAACAGGAAGCACGGACAUGGCAGCGGGGACUUUAUUUUUCUACAGCCAACAAAAAUGGGACGGGUCUGGAAUUGCUACCAACUUUCACUUUUUUUUUUUUUUUUAAACACACUCAUAGAUCUGCACAGCCAGAAUUGCCUUAAUUUAUCAUAUCUCAGUUUUAGAUAAUGUUCAAGCUGGGCUAGUGAAAAAUUUGAGUCAUCAGGGUGGGGACAGGAUCAUCGUAUCCCUCAGCUCUCAGACUUACAAGUCAUACUCAUGCACUGAUUUUUGGGUAACCAUGCUGUGCUGGUCAUUUUGUCCUCUUCAGCUCAGAUCAAAGCCUCAGGCAGUGCUCUGUAUGUCAGAAUACAUGUGGCAGUAGCUUCUUGUUGUAAAGCACUUCAUUGUUCUCGUUGUUUGUCUCAUGUGAUGCUUACCUGUGGAUGCAGAUCUUGAGUUGAAAAUAUGGGCCAUGUUCAGGAGCCUGUGGCUAAGAAUUAGCUUUAUUCACUGUUAGCUCAAAGCUUAUUCAGAGUACAACCAUGUAGUCACAAGUUUAGCCCCAUGGCUAUCCAUGUUACUAUGAACAUGCUUCUUUGACCAUUCUCCAAUUCACAAACUCUGAUAUGUUCCAUAAAAUGCCUGUCUGUGAGUAUGCACAACACAUGUAGGUAAAGGAGAAAUGAAUGCCAUGUUGCACUCAUGUUGUGUGGAUCAUUUACUGUAAAUAAUGUUUUCCCAGCGCUUAUUUUGUCCUCAAAACGAGAGGGCAACUUUUCAUUUUGUACUUACUAUAUAUUCUCUGCCUCAGUAUUUGUAACGACAGUGAUUGGAUUAAUAAAGUUUGUUUUGCUGACA